AUGGUCAACCUCAACACUAGCGACGAGUGGCAGCACCAGACGUCGCUGUUGCUGCAAGCGCGACCUACUACGACUCGAAUCACCACCAAGUACAAGAUCCCUCACUUGAGCGCGCCGAAAUAUCAGCAGAAGCUGCUUAAAAGGAAGAGAGAUGGAGACGGCGAACAGGACGAGAAGGACGGCGGCGCAGCAACACACAUACCACGAGCCACACUUACGCUGAAGACGUACGAUCCAGAGUCCGGUGUGGUGCUGAAGUUCAAGACGGACAGAGCGGCUGAAGUCGGACGCCUGAUUCACGGACUUGGUCGAGUUGGGAGACAUAUGGCGGCGCUUCCCGAGAAAGCAGAAGACAUACCGAUGGAGGACGCGCCAGUGAUACAAAAAGCUGCAGAAGUAGUCUCCAGCGUGAAAGAUGCAAUCACUGGAGACCCUCAACCGCAACAGAGCGCUGGCGGAAGCAAGAAGAAAAAGAAGAACAAGAAAUGA